AUGGCUCGUCUGAGCUUCCUUCUGCUCGGCGCCCUCUCCGCGCUCAGCGGCUUCGCAAACGCCAGCUCCGCCGUUACGGACCUGAUCCCCAGCAACUUCGACCAGGUUGUCCUGAAGUCGGGCAAGCCCGCUCUCGUCGAAUUCUUCGCCCCAUGGUGCGGCCACUGCAAGACUCUUGCUCCCGUCUACGAGGAGCUCGCUGCUACCUUUGCGUUCGCUGAGGACAAGGUCACCGUCGCCAAGGUCGAUGCCGAUGAGCACCGCGAUUUGGGCAAGCGCUUUGGCGUCCAGGGCUUCCCUACCCUGAAGUGGUUUGAUGGCAAGAGUGACAAGCCGGAGGAGUACCAGGGUGGUCGUGAUCUCGAGAGCCUGUCCAAGUGGAUUACCGAUAAGACUGGUAUUAAGCCGCGUGGUGCUCAGAAGGAGGCCAGCCAGGUUGAGUUCCUGAACGACGCUACCUUCAAGACUGCUGUUGGUGGUGACAAGAAUGUCCUGGUUGCUUUCACUGCUCCCUGGUGUGGCCACUGCAAGACUCUCGCUCCUAUCUGGGAAACCGUUGCCCAUGACUUCGCCCUCGAGUCUGACAUUGUGAUCGCCAAGGUCGACGCCGAGGCUGAGAACGCCCGCGCCCUGGCCAAGGAGCAGGGCAUCACCGGCUACCCUACUAUCAAGUUCUUCCCCAAGGGUUCCACCGAGCCCGAGGCCUACUCCGGCGCCCGCUCGGAGGAGGGCUUCAUCGAGUUCCUGAACACAAAGACUGGCUCCAACCGCGCUGUUGGCGGUGGUCUGAACAGUCAGGCUGGCACCGUUGCUGUCCUGGAUAAGCUGGUUGCCGAGUACGUGCCUGCCAAGGACUUUGCGAAGCUCGCCACCGAGAUCAAGAACGCUGCCAAGGAUCUCCAGGACAAGUACGCUCAGUACUACGUCAAAGUUGCCGACAAGCUGAGCGAGAACCAGGAGUAUGCCUCCAAGGAGCUGGCUCGUCUGGUUAAGGUCCUGAGCAAGGGUGGUUCUGCUCCUGAGAAGCUUGAUGAUCUUGUUUCGCGCAGCAACAUCCUGCGUGCCUUUGCUGGCGACGAGCCCAAGGAUGAGCUGUAA